CAGGGGAGUGACACAGCCUUAAUCGUCACAUCCAGUUCCUCGCGGUGUUCCGGUGGGAUUUUGUGCUGUGAGCGGAGAAACAAAUAAACAUACAAACAAACAAGCGGAUUACAGAAAGAGCACGGUUCUCAGAGAUGUCAGAGGAUUUGGUGAAACAGUUGAGCAGUUAUAGAGCUCAGCUCCAGCAGGUGGAGGCGGCUCUCUCCACCGACUCCAACAAUGAGGACCUGCUCAAACUGCAGAAGGACCUGCAGGAGGUGAUUGAGCUCACUAAAGACCUGUUGACGUCUCAGCCAACGGAGGGUGUCGCUGAUGCAGAAAGCUCAGAUGCAGCUCCACCUAAAAGCAGCUGGAAUGUUGGAGAUAGCUGUAUGGCUGUGUGGAGCCAGGAUGGACAGCUGUAUGAGGCGGAGAUCGAAGAGAUCGAUGGAGAAAACGGAACGGCUGCUGUGACGUUUCUCGGAUAUGGAAACGCUGAGGUGGUUCCUCUGCACAUGCUUCGACCAGCUGAGCAGGGCAAGACCAGCAAAGAGGAAGCAGCCAAACCCAAAUCAAAGAAGAAGCUGCUGGCAGAGCAGAGAGAGUACAAGAAGAAGAAAGCUCAGAAGAAAGUUCAGCGUCUGAAGGAGUUGGAGCAAGAGAGAGAAGACCAGAAAUCUAAAUGGCAGCAAUUCAACAACAAAGCUUACUCCAAAAACAAAAAAGGGCAGGUAAAGCGCAGUAUAUUUGCGUCUCCAGAAAGUGUGAACGGUAAAGUUGGAGUGGGGACGUGUGGCAUAGCGGAUAAGCCGAUGACUCAGUACCACGACACCUCCAAAUACAAUGUCAGGCACCUCAUGCCCCAGUGAGCUGUGUGUGCGUUUGUGUGUGUGUGUGUGCGUGCGUGCGUGUGUGCGUGCGUGCGUGUGUGCGUGCGUGUGUGUGUGCGUGCGUGCGUGUGUGCGUGUCUGUGUGUGCGUGCGUUUGUGUGUAUUAUGUAAUUUUGGACUGGAUGCUGUGCAGAUUGAGCAGCAGAUCCCCAGAUUAGAGCGCCUUUUUAUUUUGUGUAGUGGAAAGUUGUUUGUUAGAAAUGUAAGAAACAGGAAAUAACCCAAAUAGUGAUGGGUGGUCAUAAUUUAUGAGUGUUUCACUGCAGCUCUGAUGUUUUCCAGACUAAACCUUCAUUUCCACUGGGGGACAAAUUGGUGUCAAAAUGAUGGAAAACUGAACCUAAACUAGUCCAAACCCUAGUCUUUCUCUAUUCUAAUCCCUGACUCUAUUCUAAUCCCUGACUCGAAUCUGAAGUGUGACUCUAAUGUAGUCUCUGACUCUUAAGUGCACCUCCAGAGUAAGUCCAGUGAGGAUGUUGUGGAGAGUCUGGUGGUUUGGACGCUAAGGGGUUUGGAGUCUAACAGAGCUGCUGAGAAACGUUUCAGACACUUUAAUGCACAACGACUUCUUAGUAAAUAAUCCUCAUUUUAAAUGUUUGAUAUGCAAUAAAUAAACAAAGACAGUUUUGGAGUGAAGUGGCUUUUUCUGUGAGAAUCAAACAUCUCUCUCUUGCCUGGAAAUCCACCAGCAUCUAUAUUCAGUUCAGUUUGCUCCUGCAGUGAUGGAGAAACUGGUCCUGAAUCAGCGCUCACGCCUUUUUCUCCUCUACAGCCUUGCGUUUCUACAGGAGUCUUUACUGUCUUUGCCAAAGACAUUCAAUUCCUGUAGAUGCAGUUAAGAUCAUAGAAACACAAGCUUAAUGGGCCUCAUUCAAAAACCAUUAUUAAGAAGUUUCUUCUUAAAACCCACAUUCAUUAUUGUUUUCUUAUUUGGGAUUUGUUCUUGGGUAAAAACACAAUCUAUACUUAGAUGAACAAAGGUGAGAACAGUUCUACGCUUUAAGAACACGUCACAAAUCUGAUGGAGACUUUUUCUUAGGACUUUUCUCAAGAACACACAAGAAAAAACGUGGAAAGAUAUUGGAGAUUGAGGCUCAGUGUGUUUUUAUUGCAUGUCAGACAUAUGAUGAUUGCGAUUGUUUGCCAAGAUGUCCACAUGCUUUAAAGAAGAAAUAAUUCCCCCAGAACUCUGCCCCCCCCUCCCCACAUACACUUUACCCCAAAAGUAGCUGAGGUUCUUGGGUUUUACAGUCAACAUAAGUGACAUUAGCCAUGUAGCUGCAGCAUAAAAACAAACACAUCAAACAUGUUUUGGCUGAUGGACUGAAUUUGGGUUAAAGGGGGGGUGGGGGGUUGGGGCUGUUAGGUGGGGGGGAGGUCUGGGAAAAUGCGUUUUUUCAGUGAAUGCUCGCUUUACGUCUCACCUGAUGAAAUAAUUUGAAAUAAACAACCAUCUGUCUGUGGUGUAUUAAUUUUGCUUUACGGUUUUGUACCUUUUCAUCUUUACAGACAAUAAAGUUGUUUUUGUUGCUGUUUGUA